AUGGCUGUUCCGCUGCUGCACAGCAGUUCCUGUGAACAGGCCCGCCGACGCAAACACUUGCUCUGCCACAGCGGCAGCAGCACGGGCUCGACGGGCCUCCAUUCCGCAAUCCAUGGAAGCCCAGGACCUGCUGCGCUCCAAGCUCAUGUUCUCGCAACUGUUGAGCCCUUCCCGCCGGGCACAAAGUCUGCCUCCUACACCCCUUCUCUGCGCAUGACAUCGCGCCCCGGCGGCGGCCUCGACAACGACACCAUGGCCGGCCGCAGCGGAACAACACCUCGCGUCUCGCUCGACGGGCGCAGCAAAAGAGCUCUGAGCACCUUGAUUGGAAAAGACGACUGGCCGAAGCCACAGCUGCUGCAGAGCCGCGAGCCCGUCAACCUUCGCGAGGCGUCGCCUCCCAAAACGAACCCGUGGAGUCGCACCCCCAAGAUAGCAUCACCCACCUGCAACGAGAGCACGCUCAGCACUCCGGAUCUGACCUCGUGGCCGACCCCCGACGACAGCCGAAUUGUGCCAUCUGCUAAAUCGCCGCCGUCCACUUCGUAUUCCGGACCGACCGAGUGUUGUAGUGAGGCGUCGCCGGCUAGCAAUGCCGGUUCCGAUGAUAAGGCCCUCGGUGGAAUCCUGGAAGCGUCGAAAGGAGCGACAGCCGAAGUGGAUGGGCAGGGCACUCCAGGAGACCAGGCAGGAGACGGGAGCGAGAAGGAGCGCGACGAAUGGCAAGACUACCAAAUGAAGGCGCCGACCUUUGCCGACAAGGACGUCAAAUACUGGCUCUGGCGAACCGGUGCCUGUGCAGACGUGAUCCUGCACCUCGACGACACGACAUACUUUUGUCACCGCGAGAUACUCAUAACCGAGUCUGGAUACUUUCGUGACAAUCUACCCCUGCCAUCUUCGCAAGGUGCUCCGGUGGAGGUCGCCUUGGUCACCCACGGCCCACUCAACUCCCACUGCCUGCAAUUCCUCUAUACCGGCCAGCUUGAGGUCCUUGCGCUCCGAUACGACAACGACGAUUCGGGUCUGGAGACGGCCGACGUACCUGACACUUGUCAGUUUCCCGAAGCCUCCCACGGUCCUUCUAUCCCCCGUGGUCAUGGAAUUUCCCACGUCCAGGAUAUCUCCCACGUUCCCAUGUGCGCCCUGUUCUAUAUACAGGCACUCGGGCUGCGGGCGCCGUCGCUGGCCGGCCACGUGGUCCAGCUUCUCGAACAGACGACCAAGCGAUGGGGAGACGUCUUUGACUCCACACUCCAGUACUGCCUCAUGACCGACCGCCAGGCCAAGACCUUCAGCGCGCACCUGCAGAACGCGCUUUAUACCACCUACAGCUACGCCGACAGCGCCGCCCUUGCUCCGCUGCGGCUUGCCGUUGCCGGCUUCCUCGACGCCGUAUUCCCGGUCGUCGCCCGGCAAGACAAGGAGGUGGACCUAUUCUCGACGCGGGAGUGGCAUACUCACGGCGCUCGAAUCACGGCGGACAUGUAUUGGUCCCGGCGCCUGCGCGAGUCGCCCGGAGGGUUGCGCUCUGCCGCGGAGGAUAUCAAGGCUCUCUGGGAGCAGUGCGAGGAGCAUGGAGGGCUUCGGAACCCAGUGCCUCUGGAGAUGGUUCGCAUCCCGCCUCUCGACGACAUCAUCUGA